GAAAAUGCAAGUUUUCGUGAUUUUCCUGGUGGUUCUACCCAUUUCAGGGGUAGUUUCCAUCAAUAUUACAGAACCCGAAUUUUUUGAAAUUAAUAUCGAUCGGGACCAUCCGGAGAAGCUCUACAAGGCUUUUGAGGAUUUUAAAAAAAAGUACAACCGAAAAUACAAGGACGAGUCGGAGAAUCAGCAGAGAUUCAAUAAUUUCGUAAAAUCCUACAACAAUGUCGAUAAAUUAAACGCAAAGUCAAAAGCAGCCGGAUAUGACACCCAAUUUGGCAUUAACAAGUUUUCUGACCUAUCCACCGCCGAAUUCCACGGCCGUUUGUCCAAUGUAGUGCCCAGCAACAAUACAGGGCUCCCAAUGCUCAACUUCGACAAGAAAAAACCGGAUUUUCGCGCGGCCGACAUGAAUAAAACACGCCAUAAGCGUAGAUCAACACGCUAUCCAGACUAUUUCGACUUGAGAAACGAGAAAAUCAACGGGCGAUACAUUGUGGGCCCGAUCAAGGAUCAGGGGCAAUGUGCGUGUUGCUGGGGAUUCGCGGUCACCGCACUGGUGGAGACUGUGUAUGCAGCACAUUCUGGAAAGUUUAAGUCCCUAUCUGACCAAGAGGUUUGUGAUUGCGGUACGGAAGGAACACCGGGAUGUAAGGGAGGAAGCUUGACCCUCGGAGUCCAGUACGUCAAGAAAUAUGGGCUUUCUGGAGAUGAAGACUAUCCUUACGAUCAAAAUCGGGCUAACCAGGGCAGAAGAUGUCGUUUAAGAGAAACUGACAGAAUUGUGCCGGCUAGAGCCUUCAACUUUGCCGUAAUCAACCCACGCCGAGCCGAAGAACAAAUCAUCCAGGUGCUCACCGAGUGGAAGGUCCCAGUAGCUGUCUAUUUCAAAGUCGGCGAUCAAUUCAAAGAAUAUAAAGAAGGAGUGAUCAUUGAGGACGAUUGUAGAAGAGCUACUCAAUGGCAUGCCGGAGCAAUUGUGGGUUACGAUACCGUUGAGGAUAGCCGUGGAAGAAGUCACGACUACUGGAUUAUCAAGAACUCCUGGGGAGGCGAUUGGGCUGAGUCGGGAUAUGUUCGAGUGGUCAGGGGUAGGGAUUGGUGCUCAAUUGAGGAUCAACCAAUGACUGGAGACAUCAAAGAUCAUAAAGAUAACUAUUACUAUUAAUUUAUUUUUCUCACUUCUUUUUGUUAAAAAAAUGAAAAAUAAUUAUUUU